AGACAACUCUUCCAUCAUAUCUAAUUAUAGUAGUGAAGGAAGAUUCAUAUUUUCAUUUAAUUGUAUUUAAAAUACAUGUUUAUUUUUAAAUUUGUUUAUUGUAAAAUGUAUUUACAAAUUGUAUGUAUUAAAAAUAAAAGUUAAAAAAAAAUUAAAUAAAUUUGACAUAUUUUGUUCUUAAAAAAUUUAAAACGAUAUUUGAUAUAAAAAAUAAUAUGUUAUAUAGUGUAUACAAUAAUUAACUUGAUAAUAUUAGAAAGUGAAAAAAAUAAAUUAAAACGAUUAAAAUAAGUAUAAAUUAUUAAAUAAUCCAUCUACCACGUGUUUUCCCAAUAAUUUGUGAAUUGUAAAAAACAUAAAAUCGAUCGAUAAGGAAUACGCCGAAUACGAUCAGUUGAUGUCAAUCGUCUGUUGGUAUGUGUGUUACCAUCCUGUGUCAAUAUAAUCAAUAUAGUUAGUGUAAUAUUCAAGACAUCUAGACUAAGUAUAUAGUUUUUUUUUUUUUUUUAAUUCAAUUAAAAAUACCUAAUUUAAUAAUAAAUGAAUUUGUUAAUUUUUGGUUUUCAAUAAAAAAUAAAAUAUUUUUAAAAACAUAUUUUUUUAGCGUUUUUGGCAUUUAGCAGAGAGCUUAAGAAUAACCCCACGUCCAAAAUUAUGGAAGGAAUUAAUAAAUAUAAAUAUGGAUUUAAAUCAACAAUAGCUCAAUGUUGGGCAAUAUCAAGCAUAUGGUUAUUACAAUUUCAAUUCGGCAUACAUGUUGCAAUAUUUAGUAUAGUUAUAGGUACCUUGGAAAAUAACAGGCCAGACGAAAAUGAAUUUUUAACCAUAACAAGAGAAGAAACAUCUAGGAUUGAUAGUUUAUCACAUUUGUUCACACUACUGGGACAUGUCUUGUCCUCACUUUUACUGGACCGUCUUGGUCACAAAAAAUGUAUGAUACUGACAAAUAUACUGUUCCUAAUAGCACAGAUUAUGUUGUAUUUUGCUAAAAACGUAGAAAUGCUAUACGCCAGUAUGAGCCUAAUGGCGUUUGGACUGGGAUAUUCAAAAGCCCCGAGUCUUGCAUAUGCCGGUGAAGUAUGCGAUCCGAAACUAAGAGGCGUCUUGAUUUCAUCAUUGGAUAUAUUUUAUUAUGUCGGAUCCAUAAUAUUGUUUACUUUAUACAGCUAUAAUGAGCAAUGGAGAUUGACGGUGCUAAUAACUACGGUUUUUCCAAUUUUGACCAUUAUUAUAUUAAUAGCGAUUCCAGAUUCUCCGAUGUGGUUAUUGGCCAGAGGAAAACGUUCAAAAGCACAUCGAAACCUCAGCAGAUUGAGAGGAAAUGUUUCGUAUGAGAAAUGUGAAAACGAAUUUCAAGAAAUGGUUAGAUACAACGUUCCCUCUAACAAUGACGAACAACAUCACAAAGAAAAUACAAAUAUUUGGAAGCAACUUUUGGAGCCUGAAGUACUAAGGCCUUUACGUUUAAUGACGAUAUAUUUUUUCUGCAUAAACUUAUUAUGUGGAUUACCGUUAUUCCCUUAUUUAGUAGUUAUAUUAGAUACAUUUCCUGGACCUGUUAACGUCGAAUGGCCAAUAGCAUACGUGAUAAUCCCUUCUAUAACAGGAAGUAUAAUGGCAGUUUUUCUGAUACGUAAAUUAGGCAAACGAGUUCUUACGCUAUUUACGUCAUCGGUUUGCUCUAUUUGCUAUAUACUUAUUGGACUCAUUGGUGUUUAUUUUAAAAACUCCAAAUCAUGGGCAUCAUGGACAGUACUAAUACUCUUUUUAACUACUACCUUAGUUACAUCAAUUGGAAUGAUUCCCGUUUCGUGGACUCUAGUCACCGAAAUAUUUCCCGCAAAGUGUAGAAACACUUUAUGCUGUAUCUGUUUGGGUGUUCACUUUAUUAUUAACUUUUUUAUGACAACAUAUUACCCAGAAUUUGAAUUUCUAGUGGGAUUUUUUAAUGUAUUUACUAUUCUUGGUAUUUUUGGUUUAUUUGGUUGUAUAUAUUUUUAUUUUUGUCUACCAGAAACAGAAAAAAAAACUUUACAAGAAAUUACAGAGUUUUUCAAAUAGAAUCACACACUCAAUCAAAAUAUUUUU